CGAUUGCUAAAGAAAAUUCACUGAAGAUAGUAAAUAAAUUAAUCGUAUAAACAUCCUGUUACGCGUAUUAACUGCAGUAUAUCCCAUUAAAAUACUAGAAAAUAAGUAAUUUGGCCAAGCAACGUCCGUAUAAUUUGACUUUUCAAGGCUUCCGUCGACCGUUGUCAAAUCGUCAUUGGCAUUUUUGAACGUUCGGCGCGAUUAUUUUCUUCUCUGCACCGCUGUGUAAACAGACAGCAUGACCGAAUUCACCUCGCCCGUGACGUCGAGACUCAGGAGCGUCGGAAGCGGAGGCGGAACCCCCGUCAACAUCCCGGCGUCGCCGUUCAUGAAGAAGCUCGGCUGCGGGACGGGAGUCUGCGUCUACCUGAUGGACAGACAGGGGAAGGUCAACGCGUCGCCGUGGGCCGUCAAGAAGAUCAACAGCAAAUGCGCCAGCAAACAGGCCGAAGUCUACCAGAAGCGCCUGAAGGACGAGGCCGAGGUCCUCAAGGGGAUCAACCAUCCCAAUAUUGUUGGGUUCCGGGCGUUGGCCACGGCCAAGGACGGAUCCGAGUGCCUGGCCAUGGAGUUCGGAGGGGAGCGCUCGCUCAACGACCUCAUCGAGAAGCGCCGAGAAGACGGCCUGCGGGCUUUUCCCGCCGCCGACGUUGAAAAAGUGGCGCUGCAUGUCGCGCGCGGGCUCCAGUAUCUUCACAACGAGAAAAAACUGCUGCACGGCGACAUGAAGUCCGGCAACGUGGUCGUCAGGGGCAACUUUGACGCCGUCAAGAUCUGCGACGUGGGCGUGUCCCUCCGGCUGGACGAGAACAUGACGGCGUCGGAGCCCGACUCCGAGUACAUCGGCACGGAGCCCUGGAACCCCAAAGAGGCCCUGGAGGCGGGCGACAUCACAGACAAGGCCGACGUCUUCGCCUACGGGCUGACCCUGUGGGAGAUGAUGACCCUGGCCAUGCCUCACGUGGAUCUGCCGCGACAUCAUGAGGAUGAGGAGGAGGAGGAGGAGCAGGAUGAAGACGAGUCGAUGGAGGCGAGCUUCGACGAGGACGCCUACUACGCCCGGCUGGGCACGCGGCCGCCGCUGGACGCCGAGGCGCUGGGCGAGUCCUACGGGAGGAUGCUGGAGCUCUUCUACGUAUGCACCGAGGAGGACCCCAAGAGGAGACCCUCGGCCCGGCAGAUCGUGCAGGCGCUGGAGGGCGACGCCGCGCUUGACGACGUUUGAGCGCCGUUCUGAUACAUUUCUAUGCGUAUCUUGUGUAAUUGUCGCUGUAUUACAAACACAAAAAUGCUCAGUUUGGAUCGAUGCUGUCGGAGAACAAUUCGGUUAAUCCUUUUUUUUUUUUUUUUUUAACAAUUAGCAAGUACAUCCAUUAAUGUACUUUGUAAUACUUCUCCGUAUAUUUCUUUAUCAAAGGAUCUAUUUAUGCUGCUGGAAUCUAUCAAUUGAACAGCAAUACUUAUUUUUCUGCCAUGUUGACAAAGAACGUUAGCUACAAUUAAAAUAUAUAUUCCUACAUCCAAUUUGUCUCUUUUUAUGCAUUUUUUGCUUUUUGAAACAUCUUUUAAAUGAUCAUUCCUGCACUGUGCAACGUUCAUUUUGUUUU